GCUGUGCAAGCCGCGUCAGAGGCUUGUAGUAUCAUCCAAGGACUUAUGUUUGCAAACAAAAUAUAAAAAAAAAAGAGAGAGGGGGAGAGAAAAAAAGAUCACCGAAACACGAACUUAUAUUUAUUAACUACGAAAAACAGCGAUUUUGAAAGCACCGCGAAGUUUUCGAGAUAUUACAUAUGGUUUAGUGAAGCCCACAGGACACUUAUAAAAUGAAUAAUAAUAAUAAUAAUAACAACAAUAAUUGAAAGCAGUAACACCAACACGCAAAAAAUGAUAGUUCCGAGUUUACGUUUCGUAUCAAAAAUGACGGAAAUCCCUCUCACAUCGACGAAGGAUCUCGUUUUUCGAGAUAUCCUUCCGACGGAUAAAAAAAUGACGAGAAAAAAAAGGCAAAGUUUAAAUAGACAAAAGAAAACUUUUUGGUUCCUCAAUUUCCGGAUUUUGAGCAGUUUUCGAAGGGAAUUUGAAUGAAACAACAAAGAAAUGCAGUUUCAUAGGACUCAAAUAAAAAUAGUGAUUCUGUUACUUUAGCUACCCGAAACAUUUGAAAGAAAAUAAUUAUCGGAGUGUUUUCUUGUCCACCGAUUGUUUAAAAGUAAAAAAAAAACAUCAAAAAGAAAUUGUUUAGACUAUUUGUGCUUGUUUGGUUUCGUAAUGGAAAAAGCGAAAAAAAAAAGAAAAAGUUUGAUUUGUGAGUCUCGGAAGAUCAUAUCAGCAAAUUUAGUUCCAACGGCUGCUUCGUUAGUAUUACGUAUUUCUGUAUGACACCUGCAUUUACGCCGUUUGAUUGAAAUGUUGACGAUUAUAAAAGAAAAAGUUACGAGAUUUCACGUGUUUGAGCGCUAAUCUCGAGACUUUGGGUAAACUUCGAUUUUCUAUGUAAAACGCUGAUCCUAGUGCGGCAUAUUUUAGUGAUAUGUACGGAACUAUUCGAACGUCUCGACAAGGAAGUAAGAGCAAGAGAAAUUCAGCCUGAUUGACAGAGACAACAAAGACUAAAGCAUUUUAUAAUGGGUGUUAAUUUGUAUGAGCAACAGUGAAGAAGACGAGAGGUCAUCACAAGUACGAAGAAAUAAUUGACAAUCCUCAAGACAAUGGAGAACAACGCAGAUGCAGACAAUUUAAAUUUGAGCUGUGGUGAAAACGAUAUGGCCGAUGAAUUGAAGAUUGGUGCCGAUGAAACUUAUGACACUCGCAGCGAAGUUUCGUCCAGUGGUACUGACUCAGAUUCAACCCAACCGAGCAUCAGCUCUGUCUCAACAAAAUCAUCGAGAGGUGACAAUAAACGCAAUCGUCGCAGCCGUGGUAAACGCGCCAGAUCAAGAGACUCUGACAAAUCAUCAAGCCCUGAACCCAAACGCGCCAGAUCCAAGGAUAGCAAGGGAAUAGCUAAAAACUAUGAUUACACAACGAAACUCAAUUACUUGUUUAGAGACGCAAGAUUUUUCAUCAUCAAGUCGAACAACGCUGAGAACGUGACACUGUCGAAGGCCAAGGGGGUUUGGAGUACGUUGCCACAGAACGAGGCUAAUCUAAAUCAGGCUUAUCGGGAAUCGAGAAAUGUUUUGCUAAUUUUCUCUGUCAAGGAGUCCGGUAAAUUUGCUGGUUUUGCUAGACUCAGUGCAGAAUCGAGGCGGGAUGUUGCUCCGAUUUCGUGGGUUUUACCACCAGGACUGUCAGCAAAAGCUCUGGGUGGAGUAUUCAAAGUCGAUUGGGUUUGUCGGAAAGAAUUACCAUUCACUUCGACCCUGCAACUUUACAAUGCCUGGAACGAUGGUAAACAAGUAAAAAUUGGUCGGGAUGGACAAGAAAUUGAGCCUAAAGUUGCUGAAGAGCUUUGCAGACUUUUUCCUGAGGAUGAAGGAAUAGAAAUGACACCAAUUUUAAGAAAGUCUAAGGAAGCUGCUAAACACGUAGUAAAAGGAUCCAGAAGAUCGCGAAGCAAUCGACCACCGGUCAGUGGAUCGAGAUUCCUUCGUACCCGAGGCGGCGGUCGGGGUGGUCGUCGAUUAUUUUUAACCUCGAGAUCUCGAUUGGCUUCCUUAGCUCGUGGUGGACAUCUAUCUUCGAUGGAUCCAAGAGGAACGAGGGAUCAUCAUCAUCAUCAUCAUCGCUACCAGAAUUGGUUUAGUCGAGGCGAUUCGCCUUACUCCAAGUAUGGGGCUUAUGGUGGGAGUUCGAGUCUCGGUGUUGCAGCAGCGGCAGAAGCUUAUGUAGCGGAUUAUAUGAGAACAAUGCAGCAUCAAUUGCCGCCAUUACCACCAUACGUGACUCCCCACCAUUACGACACUUUGCCACCGCCGCCGCCACCCCCGCGUUAUUACGAUGGUUUGCCGUUACCUCCUGAUUAUGGGAGCGCGACGUCAUCGUCCAUCGAUAAGAGAAGUUACGAGCGAAGCGUUGACGAAUUUUUAUGGAGAACAGCGAGUCGUCAUAGUCGUCACAGCGAUCAUAGGUCGUCUCGCGAUCAUCAUCAUCAUCGAUAUCGUGAGCGUAGAUGAAGAAACAAUUCCAUUUUGAGAAUUACAGUUUAACAGAUAAACGAAUGAAGAAAAACCCCUCGUCGAUCGUCGAACUUGUUAAUUUAUUCAUUUUCUCACGCGUCGCGUGCAUUCGUGUAUCUAGGAGCACAAUUAUUUCGUUCACAAAUAAGUUUAAUUUUUGUAAACUCAUCGUAAUAUUGAUCUCGAACAUAAAAAAUGCAAAAUACUCUUUUCUUUCGAGGUGAGCAAAACGCCGGAUGAAAUUAAUUGAUUUUUUGUUGCCACCAUUUGCUAAUUUCGCCUAUUAUGGAAAUACGGAGAAAGCCUACAAUUCCCAUCCAUUUUAUAUUUGUACGCACUUUUUAUCCGUAGAUAAGUACAGUUAAAAAUAAUACCGAAGAAAAACACGUGAACUUGGAUAUUUUUCAUGGACGCGAUAUUGCAACACGACUUGGUACAUAAGUACUACUUUUUUACGUACAUGAACGAUCGAACGUAAAAUUACGGAAAUUUGACAUGUAACGGAGAGUGAGAGUGAGAGAGAGAGAGAGAGAGAGAGAGAGAGAGAGAAUCCAUAUGUAGUCCUCCCGAAUGGUAAGCAUUCUCGGAUUUAGAUCAAUAAAAAUAAUCCCAAAAUUUGAAAGGAAAAAAUACCAUAAACAGUCGUAAUAAAUUUCGCUCGCAUUUUCGGUCAGUUUAAUUUUACGUACUAAUUAUCCGUUCAUGAGCUGAUUUAUGAAAACACACGUACCUUACGACUAUCUGAAAUCAAUGCUAUUUUUGGUUGGUAUGUGUGCGACGUAAUUUGCAAAUUGUUUAAAUCCAUACCCUUUGGUAUAAACCGAAAUAAAUAAUGCUCGAUCGUAA